AUGUCAAGCUGCAGUCAAAUAAGAUCUCUCCCCCACUUCCUUUCCUUUUCCUCAUAUCCUCAUAUCUCUCUCACUUUAUAUCCAUCGAUCAGCCAUUUUGAUCAGUCUCUCACGCAGAGUAGACUCAAGAAUGUUCCUCAGACCGACUCCCCUGUGGCCUCUUCAAUUUCUUUGAAUACGAAAGGACAUGUUCCAACCUACAAGCGACUCAGAGAAACACCUGUGGUCAAAUCUUGUCAGAUCAAACUUGGAAUUCAGGAUGUUUCUCUUCAGCUGGGAAUACCGCACUUUGACAUAGUCCAAUUUGACUCGAGGGUCCCUUCGCCUGCUAUCCAUACUCAUUCCAGCUUCAGGGCUUUGAUUCAGCCUGAGAAAGCCGGUGACACGAAAGAAUUCUACGAAAGAUGCCGUGCAGAAGUUGCAGCAAUCAACCUUUUCUUCCCGGAUGUUCAUGCAGAAGCAACCCAACUUUGCAUGGCUGCAUGGCUAGCCGCAAAUUGCGCGGCAGAUGACUUUCUCGAGAGCAUGCCCCUGAACUCUGGUAUUGCUGCCUUGAAGGAAACAAUCUUGAACCUGCAAGAGAAUAAGGAAUAUAUUUCUCCGAACAAUGGAGUCGCGAGGAUUCUCUUUCUCUUCCAAGGCUAUUGCAGCCAGCAUCUCGACCUAUCAGAAGAUGUUCAACGUGAACUCAGAAACGAUAUCUCUGACAUGUGCCAGGGCCUACUCGAUGAGUUGCUGUUCCGCCAAGGAGUAUUGCCCAACACACUGGACACCUAUCUGCAGUUCCGUGGGAGAACCAUGGGGAUCCAUCCAUUCUUUACUCUGAUUCGCGCCAUGCACCAACCAAUCGGCAACGAAUAUCUAUUUGGACUUCGGGAUUUGCAAACGCGGGUUAGCUUGGUGCUAGGGCUACAAAAUGAUCUUGUGGGGCUGGAAAAGGAUCGUCGAAAGGGCGAGACCAUGAAUGCAGUGCUCGUAUCCUUAAAUGAACAAGCCGGGACUGAUGUUGAACGCAUGGAUAUGAUUAUGCCGGUCGUCAUCGAAGACGUGUGUGGAAUUCAUAACCGAUGUGUGUUGGCUGCUGUGGAAAAGUAUCAGUUGAUGGUUGCGUUGAAUGGGGAGGUCCAGAAUCCUGCUCUUGAGACUGCAGUCCUGGCAUUCGCCGACACCCAUUUGAAAUGGUGUGCAUCAUCUAAGAGGUACCAAGCCAAAGUACAGUGA